UUAUUCCUCAACUAAUGUCUAGUCGGUAUUCCUCAAAAGCGCACCAGCGUGAGGGAAGAACAGCUCUUUUUUCCACGGUGUCUCAACCGGUAUCUGCUGCACACUCUCCAAUAAGAACGUACAAAACAUCUUCGGCCACGUCGCUGGAUAAUCUACGCCGUCAGGAGGACCCUUUUGCUAGAUCGUCUUCCCCCUACGAUACAGCAGACGCAAAAAAAAGAGACUACAAUGCUUCGCUAAUGUCACAGCUCGAGUCUCAGAACGACGAGACUGUGGACCUACUGGGUUCCAAAAUAACAGCUUUGAAAAAUCUCUCCAUGAUGAUGGGCGACGAAAUCAACAAAAGCAGAUUCAACCUCUCUGCUCUCGGAGGCGAUAUGGAACUGAGCAAAAACCGCAUCAAGGCCAACCUAAAUCGGAUGGCCAUAAUGGCCGACAAGACAGGAAUAAGCUGGAAAAUAUGGCUCCUGUUCUUCACAGUUAUAUUUUGGAUAUUUUUGUGGGUCUGGUUGUUUUAGGAAAUAUAUGCCACUUGCUCAUUAUUUAAUCGGGUGACGUCUUCGCGGGCUCCUCGUUAUUAGCAUCGUCUUCCCUCAAAUGGUGUGCACGCCCUCUCCAGGCAGUACUGCGGCCACUGCGUCCCCUGCGUCUGUGUGGGGGUGCACCUGAAUACUGUCUGGCAUUGGUGAUUCCCGGAUAAUUAGUCCGUUUUGGAGUAACUGUCAAAGCACGUCCGCGGAAUUCUGUGCCGUUCAUGGCAACAGCUUUUUGAGCCCCUUCGUGCGUUUCAAACUCAACAAAAGCGUAUCCACGAGGCUUUCCAGUGUGUUUAUCAUACAGGAUGGUAAUUCUGUUUAUGACCCCACAAUCAUCAAGUAGCUCCUUCAGAUCCCCGGGUAGUGCGGAAUAGUCCACAUUGCCCAAAUAAACAGACCGCGAAUCAAUUUCCUGCUGGUUACUAGGCUGGUUAGGGGCCAGUCUGGGUUGUUGUGGAAGCUGUUCGCUUUCUGACAUUGACACAAGAUGAUCUGGGGUAGAAGAUUAUCAGCAGCCGGCGUCCUCGACGAUCGACGCGACUGGAACAGGAGAAAAAAAAAAUUCAAGUGCUAACUUAUUUUUCAUUUCUGAUCAUGGUGUCCGUUCGUAAGCGUAAGAUGGCCAGAUCGUCGGUCAAAAAGGCUACGAGACGCUUGAAGGACAGACAAAGGCAAGUGAGGAAUUUUGGGAACUCCAUCAUUGCGGCAAACUGGGAUCCAAAGUUGUCUCUGUCACAGAACUAUGAUAAAAUGGGUUUGAAAGUGCGACUGUCACAACAAACUGGUGGAGUCGAAAAGAAAAUCACCCCUCAGCUCCCCGAAAGCGAUGAUGAGUUUGUCGUUGAUGAGACUGAGGAAGAAGAAGAAAAGAAAGACGAAUCCAAGGACUCUCUGGACCCAUCAGACAUCCCUGAAGGAACAGCUAAACUUAUCCGUGAUGAUCAAGGCAAUGUUAUCAAAGUCAUUUAUGGUACAAAGAAAAUAACGCAGGAGAUUGAACAGGAAAAGCCUCCAACGGAAGUGGUCAAGAAACUUGAGGAGCUUGCCCAGCACAAGGUGGUAAAGGAACGCAAACAGAGCGCGCGAGAGAUUGAUUGGCUAGCUGAUCUGUACAAUAAGUAUGGAGACGACUAUGAAAAGAUGAAAUGGGACAAGAAACUCAAUCCUUUUCAGCACAGUGCUGGUGAGUUGAAGAAGAGAAUCACUAAAUGGAAGAAAACGCAGGGCUUGAGCACAUAAUACCACAUAGCGCUCUACCAAGUUAAUAUAUUGUUCUUAUUGUUGC